AUGCAGGCAACUCCACCAGUUCCGAGAGCUGAAGACUUCAAUGACUAUAUGGUCAUCAACUGGGUUGACGAUGAUGCUCGGUUUCCAAUACCUCUGUGGAAUCACCACCAGACAGCCGGCCCUCGCACCAACAACAAUCUUGAGGGAUUUCACCAUCGCCUUGACAGAACCUUACCCCACCGCCACCCGAAUAUCUACCGAUUUGUAGAAGUGAUUAUGAAGAUUGAGUGUGCAGACAGGACAAAAAUCGCACAGUUAGACGUUGGUGCCGCCCCACCCAGCAGGAUGCGAGUUUACAGAGAGACUGAAAAUCGCCUGAGACGUCUUAAGGACAUGUUGACUCAAGGACAGAAAACCACUAUUGAGUUCCUUGAUGCUGUUGGUCAUCUUCUCAAACUUGGUUAA